UGAUCAUGUGACAAAUGGCGGAAAAUUUGUAUUUUUUCAAAAGACAACAAGAAAGUGGAAAAGCACUUUUUGAAGCCUUAAAUGGCGACAAUACAGAACUUGCAGAUAUAUUGUUGAGAAGGGGAGCAGACCCUAAUGAAGUUCUUGCAGUGGAGGGGGUGGCUCCCAUGCAUAUAGGGACAGGACUGGGAGAGGAAGCAGUGAAGCUUCUGUUAGCUUAUGGUGGGGAUCCAAAUUUAAGAUCUGCAGAUGGAACGACACCCCUACAUGUAGCAGCUAGCUGGGGAGACCGUGAUGUUCUACGUCUGCUACUUCAAAAUGGUGGAAAUCCAUACAUUAGAGAUAGGGAAGGGAGUAGUGUUUUUGAGAUUGCACACAAGUUUAACCAUGAUGACUGUGUGAAACUUCUUGAAGUGUAUUGUUUGUUACUGAAUCCAGAGGAAGACACCCUGUCAAAUAUACCAAGAUAUACUUACGAAUUCAAAGGUCACAUCAAUAACAAUAGAAAACAGCUGCAAGACAUAGAUCAAAAUGACUUAUUUCUGCAGGAUUUUAACAAAUCUACUUUGAAGGAGAACUUCUUCCAGUAUGAAUUUCAAAAGCAUUUAGACAAAGUGAAACAUCGUGAUAGUGGUGGCAGUAAUGUUUGUUUAAAUGUCACAUCACCAGAUCAUCCAAUCAUUUAUUGUAAAUCUUCUUCAAGUUCCACACCAGAGGAGCCUUCUCGACAUGUGGUAUGGGCAGACAAACUAACACAGACAUUACCAUAUAUACCUCUGUCUGACAUAUCUGACAGUAAUUCAUCAUCAUCUGAUACAUUUAUUACUUGUUCUGGUGAAGAACAAAAUAAUCCUCACAAAUUUUUCACAUCUAGUAUACUUGAACAAAGUAGCAGUAAAGAUACAAAAGAAUUAAUAUCCACAGUAGACAAUAAUACUUUAGAAGAUAACAGAACAUUGAACUAUCAUUUAUCUACAGGAGACAAAAAUACUUUAGCAGAAAACAGAACAUUGAACUAUCAUUUAUCUACAGGAGACAAAAAUACUUUAGCCGAAAACAUAACUUCAAACUAUCAUAAGUCUACAGUAGAUAACAAUACUUUAGACAAAAACGGUACAUCAAACUAUCAAAGUUCUAAUUUUUCCAUCAACAACAACCAUUGUACACGAAAGGUCAGAACUAGUAGGCAAGGUACAGAAUACGACAAAAGAUUUGUGAGACAGACAAAAAAGACUUGGGAGCCAUCACUUCUGUCAAUUAAUGAUUCCCUUCUAUCAUCAGAUGCCAGUUUUAUAGAGAGACACAAAUAUACUAACGUAAAAGAGGACAAUAAUAACAGUGAUGUGUUUGUAAAUUAUGACUUCGCUGAGUUUGACUCAAUACUGACAGAAGAUAGUGUUAAUAAAAAGAAACGGGUCAGUUUUGCUGAGAAAAUAGUAACACCUUGUCAAACUGAUAAAACUUUUGUUGUCAACCAAGACGUUGAUAAGGCUUUUUUAAUGUGUAGGCUGAAAGAGUCAUUAUCCUCAAUAGGCUCCAAGCAGUCGUCAGUAUCAACUGCAGAAAAUGAUGUACUGAAUAAUAGCUUUCGCUUACAGCGAAAUUCUUUAGAUAGUACAUCAAGUAUGAUAAGUAAUGCUUCCACUAUUGAUUAUAUUUACACUGACAAAGAAAAGGGUAUACAAUUUAUUGAGCGCCACCUACCAAGUUUACAGGGAAGUAGUGGCAGACAAUCCCUGGACAGCUUGUGUAGUUUUAGUAGUUUGAACACCGUAGAUUCACAACAGACAGUUUUAUAUGAUUGGAAAGCCUUUUCUGAUACAUCAACCUUAUCUGAGGAUCCCAAAUCAUCACAGGUACCCAAACUGGUUACAAAAUUAAGUAACCAGGAAAUAAGAGACCAGCUAAUUGAUAAGGGAGACAAUCCAGGACCAAUCACAGACAACACUAGGCAACUUUAUCUUGUUAGAUUAAACAAAAUUAAUGAAGACCCAGGAUACUUGAAGCUGUGUGCAAAACAACCAGGUUAUUCACCAGAAUUAUGUCAAGCUUUUAUUGAUUGGGGUCCGUCAGGACUGAAUGCCUUAGAGGACAAACUCAUUUCUUCUUUUUGUAAUACUGACCGCUGUUGGCGAGAAGGUCAUUUAAAGUCCUCUUUCAAUUAUUUACUGCUUGACCCGAGAGUAACUAAGAACUUACCCAACAGGAUGCAUUCAUUAGGUGAAAAAGAGUCAUUCAAGAUUUUUGUGGCCUCCAUUUUUUAUAUCGGAAAGGGUAAAAGAUCUAGACCUUAUUGUCAUCUAUAUGAGGCCAUUAGACACAUGGAGAAACCAAAGCCACAGGUGUGUAAUAAAGUGAAGCAUAUCCUUGAUAUAUGGAAUGAUAACUUAGGUGUUGUUUCUUUACAUUGCUUUCAAAAUGUGAUACCAGUAGAGGCCUAUACCAGAGAGGCAUGCAUGGUGGAUUCUGUUUCGUUGAACCGGUUAACUAAUAAGAAAAGGGGGGACUACUAUGGAAUAAGCAGCACAUGGUCUAUGAAAGAAAAGAGAAGAAUGGGAGUAUUCUUUCUAAAGAAAGCCUUACAAAUAUUUCAGGGGGAAGGAGAGAGACAAAUUCUCCCUAUGGACAUCAAAGUUGGCCAGUAGAAGUUAUUUGUAAUUAAUAUGUUUUAUUUAUGAGGCAUGAAUCCAAUUAUAUUAAACAAAAUUUCACUUAUUUAAUCAUGCGGCUUUGAAGUGAUGAGUUGAUUCGCAGAUAAUGAUGAGAUAGUUUGUUUCUAUAGAUUAGUAGAGUAUUUUGAAAUGUUAUUAUAAUAUGGAAAAAAUAUUGCAGCAUAUAAUACAGAUAUUAUCUCCCCUCACAUUGAUCUCAAUUGCAUUUAAUUGUGAGGGGGGGGGGGGGGAAAUCACCUAAUAUAUCAUUAGCAAGGUUUCUUUAGAAUUUUGUUUUCUUUAGUGUCCCAAUUCUUGACCUUUACAUAAUAAGUUUUUAACUCAUCUAGUCCAAAGGACCAAGUCAUCUUUUCUCAUCACCUGAGAGUCAAUGUCUGUGGUCCAUUAACUUUUCCCAAAAUUUUCUCCUUUAAAAAUUCUGGACCAUUUAACACCCAAUUUCUGAAUUUACAGUAAUCCUUCAAUUUUAUGAAGUUAUAGUCUGGUAUUAAAUUUGAAUUCAGGACAUUGUGAUUCACUUUUCUCCAAAAAGACAACAAGUACUAAAAUCUUUGAUGAUACUUUAAUGGCAAAAAAAU